GUGGAGGGCUCUACUUCCUUAUCUCUCGCAUACUGGGAGGCAGGAUCGGUGGAAGCAUUGGCAUCAUCUACUGCUUUGCUCAGUCUGUGAGCUGCUCGCUGAGCGUGAUGGGUUUCGGCGAGUCCAUCAUGGAGCUGAUUGGUCAGUCGAAUCCGUGGAUCGCCCGCGCCAUUGCUUUUGGCGUGGUGCUGCUUCUAUUGGGUGUGAACGUGUCGGGCGUGAAGUGGGUGAUCCGGCUGCAGCUGUUGCUCCUCCUGGUGCUCUUUCUCUCCAUCAUGGACCUCCUGGUGGGGUCCUUCGUGCACACACAGCCAGACGACGGAGUCACGGGAUACAACGACAUCAACUUCGUCAACAACUCCGGCCCGGCCUACAAAGACGGGGAAAGUUUUUUCACCAUCUUCGGCCUCUUCUUCGCCACGGUCACAGGAAUCCUAGCUGGCAUCAACAUGAGUGGUGACCUCCGCGACCCUUUCCACAACAUCCCGCAAGGAACAAUGGCCGCGUUGGGUGUUGGGUAUCCAUCGUCGGAGUCCUAUGGUUGGCCGGCCUGUAUCUAUCCUCCGUGUCCUCCUGUAUGGGCAGUCUGUACGGACCUCCCCGAAUCCUCCAGUCCAUCGCCAACGAGAACACCAUCCCCAUCAUCAAAGUUCUGGGCCACGGGCGUGGCCCCAACAAAGUCCCCGUGCUAGCCCUUGUGGUGAUCACUCUAGUCGUCCUCCUGUUCAUCUGUCUCGGUGACGUGAACUCCCUGGCGCCGGUGGUCACCACGGCAUUCAUGUUGACCUACGCCGCCAUCGACUACUCCUACUUCGCUCUGGCCAUGAGCUACGACAAACGCCAAUCGCGAGAGGACCGCUUCCGGGUCAAUGGGGCAGGGGAGGAGAGGAGGCUGAGUACAGGGAGCAACGGUUAUGUGCCUGCUGCUACUGUUACUGCUACUGGCAAACCCAUCGAUGUGACCACACACAAGGAUUCCUUCGAGAAGUUUGCAGGUGACCUUGACAAGCUGUUCCCGGAGCGACUGACCCAGCGAGGUCAGCGAUUGGCCAGUCAGCACCAGGGCUUCGGCAACAGCGGGGGGACGACCCCUGAGGCAGAUUUUGACGCCACCAAGAGCAAGUUGGAGAAGGAGGAUAUAGCAGCGGGGAUAGGGGAGGAUUAUACUGACACUGCGCAGUUACUGGGUGAGUGUGUGGGGGAGUGA